UCAUACUCCUUUUUUAUGCCAAAGUAAACUCCAAAGCAUCAGCCGAGAGACUGCUAGCACAGGGUAUUAUGCUAAUAGGCCUUGUACUUAUUGUAACUGGAACGUAUCUUAAUAUGGCACAUAUGAAUGAGGUCCAAAAUAUAUCUGAGGUUGGACCCACUGAAAGUCUUGAAAAACUUAAUUUGGAUCUACAAAUUCCCCAGACAGGAGAUAUUGCAAAAUCAGCUGUAGGAGCUUCACAGUCUGCUGACAACUCUGCCACAAGAAAGGAACCAGUGGCACCAGAACCUCCCCCUGAAGAGACUGAGAAAAAGGACACCCUUUCAGAACAGAAACUGGAGCAAACAGAUGAAAAGAGAGAACAAAAGGGAGAGGAUAAACCUUCUGAGAAUAAAGCCAAGAAAAAUAGUCAAGGCUUAGAUGCUAAAGAUGAUAGUCUAAGAAAAACUUUGGAAGUUAAAGAUGAUAAAAGUCUGGGGGAUACUCUACACCCUGAUGCAAUUAAGAAAGAGGAAAAAGAAAAUAAAGAAGAAGGAGAUAAUGAGAAGAAGACACAAGUAGAUCAAAUAGAAAAGAAGCAAGCAGAACUUUUGGAAAAAAUAGAAGAACAGCAGCAAGAACAAAAGAAGAUCCUGGCUGAGCAGAAAGAAAUUCUGAAGGAAUUAAAGGACCACAAAAAUAAACAGGAGGAAGAUGCAAAGAGAAAGGAUUUGGAACUUCAAGGAAAUAGUGCUGCAAAUCCACAUCUUAAUAGUGUCCCUGUUAAUCUUCAAGGACAUGCAGAUCCAGCAAUGUUGAUUCAGAAUCCAGCAGAACCAGUGGUUUCUCAUGAUCUGAAUUUGGGAAUUUUGCCAUCUAACCUCUGUUGGGUAGGAAGUUCCUCGCGAUGGCAGUGCCCAAGUCCUACCACCAGGAGCGACUCAAGAUUUGAUUCCCAUUCACCCGACCCUGUGCAGCUUCAGGGGCCUCAGUGCCUCCAGGGAGAUGGAAUUCUGCCUUCCCCAGGGGCGAUGCCAAGGAUCCUGAGCGCUUCAAGUGUUACCCCCCUGAAAGCUCCCCAGAGCAACUGGGCCGUCGGAGAAGGAAAGCUAUUCUCGCUGCGGGGAUCAGCCCCCGACAUGGGGGCCAACAGACUUCUUUCCAUCGGUCACAGCCGGAUACCGCACUGA